UCAUUCAAUCAUUUCCUCAUCCCAAAUAAAGCGGAUCUCCACUUCUGCAGGAAACACGGCAACGCCAACCGACGGCCUCUGAAAUCAGUCAGGUUCGGGUGUUUUCUGUUAAAUAAUUGUGUUUUUUUUUUAUUUCUAACAAUGGCUGAUGACAGGACGGCUGCCGGGAACCGCGCUUAGCUGCACCAUCACCACCACCACCAUCAUCAAAUGCAGUCAAAUCUGAAAUCUGGCUGGCCCUCCACUUGCAACUCGGAAACUAACAACGGGAACUGGAAUAGCACCAUGGAUGCUCCCCAGUACCCAGGCUACCCUCCACACUACUGGUAUCCUCAGUCUCAUUCCACAGGACACUAUGCAAAUACCUAUCCGUCGGGAUCCGAUGUUCAGCCACAGUACAAUCAACAGGUAAUGCCCGGAGGUUAUCCGAACGGCCACGGCGUCUACAGCCCAGCGCAGAAUCAGUAUUCAACAAGUGGUUUCCACCCGUCCAACCCUUUCUACUGUGCUGACCCUCAGAGACCCGCUCCAGGUCCUUAUCCUAACCAGGUCUGUCCGGCGGAGCAGAGCAGUGGGCCGUCUGGGCAGCCUCACUCUCAACACCAACACCAUCACUAUCCUGGUCCACACUGUCAAGGGGGUCCUGGAUACCCUCCUGGGCCGUACCCUCACUACAAUGAAAGCGGCCACGCGAUGCCUCCGAACCCCCCUUACCCCUCUGGCCAGGCUCUCCACCCAAGCUCGCAGGCCGACGCGUGGGCGCACUCUGGUGCGUAUGCCCCCUCACAGCAGCAAUGGCAGCCAGGCCAGCAGCCGCCACAAAACCACUACGGAAAUCCUGUCCGUCCAGCGCACCCACCAGCAUGGCCGGGGACCGGAACGGGUGCUCCACCACCUUACCAACCCAAGGACCAACAGCACCAACGUGCCCCACAAGUGGGACCUAAACCGAGGCCGACCCCAUCCCCGAACCCGCCCAACGGGAAGCCUGCCGAGAUAAGCUCACCCCCCCAAAUGUACAACAAAACCGGGAGAGGAGAGCCUAAUCCUUCGCAAGGUGAGCCGCCGCCCUCGGCUCCGGCCCAAGCUCCGGCUCCAGGCCCAAUCGGACCCCAGCCCCUGAGCAGUAACCCCGGCCUAGCGAGGGUCCAACAGGUCAUGGCCAGAGUGAUGCUGCUUCAGGAAGAUGUUGACGAGUUUGUUGGCAAAAAGACAGACAAGAGUUAUCGGUGUCUGGAGGAACUGCUGACCAAAGAGCUGCUGGUGCUGGACUCUGUGGAGACUCAGGGACAGGAGAGCGUCCGGCAAGCCCGAAAGGAGGCCGUACAGAGGAUCCAGGCCAUUCUGGACCAGCUGGAGAAGAAAGCCUUCUGAACUGGACUUAUUUAUUGGUUUGUGGGUCACUAAGUCUUGCUGUUUUUCUUCUUCCAGAUCUUCCAUGGACUCAUUGAGGGUCUAGUCUUGUUCCUCGGAGCUGUGUUAUGUUAAGGUUGUUUCCACCACCGUGAUGUAAAGUGAAAUGAAGUGGCAUGGACCCAAGAACAAGAUAGAGCAACUACUGGUACAUGGAAUCGACCUUUUUAAAGCCUAAUUAUGCUGGUAUAAGUGACAUGGUGGUGUUAGAAGUGCAGACUGAAGGUUGUACAUAUCAGAAGUGACUUUCAGCCUCAGUGAGUGACUGUGCUGACUACACAACCUGACACACUUGCUCAGCUUAUCUUUUAUGUCACGCCUUUGCCAGCAUAAACGCAGGGCAGAGUCACUGGAAGAUGAAUUGAUUUAGUGCCACAUUACAACCGUUAGAUUAUCGUCAUGCUGUCCCUCAGGAUCGUGGGUUCCCUUUUAGUCUGAUCCCACAUCUAACGACACGUGCACUUCGUUAGCUGUCUACUAACACAUCUCGCAGCCCAUUUGCAUGACCACGAUAUCGAGCUCCCCCUCCCCCCUCCUCCGAUAGAGGCCGUACACUUAGUUGCCCAUUUGCUCCUCCAUGUCUCUGCAGGAAUAGGUGCAAUGCUUUCCCGUCUCAACCGCGCUCCCAGCCCCUGCAUGCACUGUAAUGUCAGACGAGCACUCAGUACAGUCACGACAUCUCCGAGCUCAAAACUGGGCCUAGAACGUAGCAAAUUAGUGAAAACCCUCUAAAGAUUGCUGUCCUCGUUAUUCCAUCUUUCGGAUGAAAUUGCUUCCCAAGUGCAGACCUAGAAUCAGACCUACAUAUGAAUGCCAUGUAUUUCGCUCUAGGAACUACUGUUAUUACAGAUAAAUAAGGACAAGUUUAAGAGUUACUUGAAAAGCUGUUAAAUUAUGUUCUUUCUAUCCCUUUUUGAACACUUGGAAUAUAUAUGACUAAGCAAGUGAUUUGUAUUUUCUGAAGCAAGUGUUCAAUCAGUCGCUGUAAAGGAUCAAAGAAAGUAUGUACUUUAACAUUUUCAGUAAUGUUUUGUGCUGAAGGACGAUGUGGUCACAGCGCUUGGAUCAGUUGUUUCAUUUGGACGUUGUUUCUGUUUUUCUCGAGCACUAACGUCCUUGUUAUCCAGAUUUGGACCGCAAUCCAUUUUCUUGUGUAGAGCAAGUCUUUUUUUUCCCAAUCAUUGUUGAUGUGUUGAUUUAGAAAAAAAAGAGUGCCAUAUUUCAGGGGAUGGUUUUAUAUGAUUAGAAAAAAAUAAAAUAAUAAAAAAUAACAACACAAGCUUUGCAUGAAAAAAACAAAAAAAACACCUGUCAUAUGUGUUCAUUUUCCUGUGCUGGUAAGUUUCUGUUUAAAUGGAGCACAACUGUACAGUUUCACAUGUAAUGCAUGUUUCCGACACAAGAUGGGAAUCUUUGCCUGAUAAAUAUUGAAAUUAUUACAAGUUGGAAAAUAGAGAAAUAAUUAAAUGUCAGUAUAUUUUUUAACCUGUGA